AUGGUUUCAUCCAAAUAUUACUGGGGUGGAGGCAGAAAACCUACUGUUGACAAGAGGAGUGGAUGGCAGUUUUUUGGCACGGCCCAGCAAAAGUAACCCAGGAGACUUCACGCUCUCUGUUAGACGAACUGGAGCUGUCACUCACAUCAAGAUCCAGAACACAGGAGACUACUAUGACCUCUAUGGAGGAGAGAAGUUUGCUACGUUGGCUGAGUUAGUCCAGUAUUAUAUGGAACAUCAUGGACAGCUCAAGGAAAAGAAUGGAGAUGUUAUAGAGUUGAAAUAUCCACUGAACUGUGCUGAUCCUACGUCUGAAAGGUGGUUUCAUGGGCAUCUCUCUGGAAGAGAAGCUGAAAAACUGUUAACAGAAAAAGGAAAACAUGGAAGCUUUCUCGUGCGCGAGAGUCAAAGCCACCCUGGGGACUUUGUUCUUUCUGUCCGGACGGGAGAUGAUAAAGGAGAGAGUAAUGAUGGGAAAUCUAAAGUGACACAUGUCAUGAUUCACUGCCAGGAUCUAAAAUACGAUGUUGGUGGAGGGGAGAAAUUUGACUCUCUGACAGAUCUAGUGGAACAUUACAAGAAGAACCCUAUGGUAGAAACUUUGGGCACAGUAUUGCAACUCAAGCAGCCUCUGAACACCACCCGCAUUAACGCCGCGGAGAUCGAGAGCAGAGUGCGAGAGCUAAGCAAGCUGGCAGAGACGACAGAUAAAGUCAAGCAGGGCUUCUGGGAAGAGUUUGAGACUUUGCAGCAGCAAGAAUGCAAACUUCUCUAUAGUCGUAAAGAAGGUCAGCGUCAAGAAAACAAAAACAAAAAUAGAUACAAAAACAUUUUACCCUUUGAUCAUACCAGAGUUGUUCUACAUGAUGGUGAUCCAAAUGAACCUGUUUCAGACUAUAUCAAUGCUAAUAUUAUUAUGCCUGAGUUUGAAACCAAGUGCAACAACUCAAAGCCAAAAAAAAGCUACAUUGCUACUCAAGGUUGCCUGCAGAAUACAGUGAAUGAUUUCUGGAGGAUGGUGUUCCAGGAGAAUUCUCGAGUUAUUGUUAUGACAACAAAAGAAGUUGAAAGAGGAAAGAGUAAGUGCGUCAAAUACUGGCCUGAUGAAUAUUCCCUAAAGGAGUAUGGUGUUAUGCGUGUUAGGAAUGUUAAGGAGAGUGCAGCACACGAUUACACACUAAGAGAACUUAAGCUGUCUAAAGUUGGGCAAGGGAACACAGAGAGAACAGUCUGGCAAUAUCACUUCAGAACUUGGCCUGAUCAUGGCGUCCCAAGUGACCCUGGUGGUGUACUAGACUUUCUAGAGGAGGUGCACCAUAAGCAGGAGAACAUUGCUGAUGCGGGACCAGUUGUGGUCCACUGCAGUGCUGGGAUUGGGCGAACAGGAACUUUCAUUGUGAUUGAUAUUCUUAUUGACAUAAUCAGAGAAAAAGGUGUGGACUGUGAUAUCGAUGUUCCAAAGACCAUUCAGAUGGUGAGAUCACAACGGUCAGGAAUGGUUCAGACAGAAGCACAGUACAGAUUUAUUUACAUGGCAGUACAGCACUACAUCGAAACGCUACAGCGCAGAAUUGAAGAGGAGCAGAAGAGUAAGAGAAAAGGUCACGAAUACACAAACAUUAAAUAUUCUUUAUCGGACCAGACAAGUGGGGAUCAGAGCCCUCUUCCACCCUGUACCCCAACCCCAACGUGUCCAGAAAUGAGAGAAGAUAGUGCUAGAGUAUAUGAAAAUGUGGGGCUGAUGCAACAGCAGAAGAGUUUCAGAUGAGAAGAUGUACAGAGACUUCCAUGCAAGGGCAGAAAUGAAUAUGGUUUUUAAAAAGGUCAAGAAAGAGAUGGAAGAAGCUUCACAUGAAUGGUGAACUCUGAGGGCUUGGUACCUUUUUAUUUGCGGUUUUAAUCCUCUAACAGUGGCAAAACUUAAGACCGUCUAAAGAUUGUUUAUAUCUCUUCUCUCCAAUACCUGAUUUACAAUUGCUCAUUUUCCAAAUAAAAGGAAAUCCUUUCUACAAUGUAGACAACUACUUUGUAGAACCAGUUUUGAAUCCCGCAAACCGUUGGACUGUCAUCCAUUUGUUUUUUAAAUAGUGUUUUU